UCCCGUGAAGAUAGGUGGCGUGCGUUUCAGGGGGCUUCUCCUCUGUGUUACACGGCAAAGAAAAGGAGGUGGAAAGAAAAAAAAUGUCAUUAGAAGAGGCGUAACACGUCAGUCCCUACCCAGGUUUGUUUCCUGGAGUGGGUGUAAGACAUCAGUUGUAAACCUGCCCUAGCAGGAAUAGCGGUCCCUCCCUCCUCCCAACUAUUUCUAAGGCUUUAUUUCUAAGGCUUUAUUAUCACCGGUGGAAAAGGAUCCGCUCACCGACGCACUCCGGUAUCAUCCUUCCUCGCAACUCCUAUCCACAAGACACCUCUUUACACUCCUAAAAACAGAUAUCAAGCUGAAAUCAAGGAAUCGAGUCCAUGCGAGCUGCCAUCUGAUCCCACACACACUUAUCAAUGAAGCAAGAGAUCAUGGCGGAUGGCCCCAGGUGUAAGAGGCGAAAACAAGCCAACCCGAGACGGAAAAACGCUCUCAACUAUGAGAAUGUGGUGGAGACAGGCUCGGAGACAGAGGAGGAGGACAAGCUGCCGGUGUCCGAGGAAGACCCCCUGAUCAACGGCACGGGCAGCCCGGCCAGCCUCACCAACCCGGAGGCCUCGCCCCACGCCGAGAGCCACGGCCUGCUGACCAAGGAGGAGGAGGACGACGAGAUGCGGGACAGCGGCGUGGAGCACAUCUGGCCCGACAACGACAUGCUGAGUGCCUCGGUGGAUGGUACUGAUGAAAUAAAAGAUGAUUUUGACACCCUGGGGCCUGAUGCCACUUUGCAGGCAGUGGGAAACGGUACAGUUAAGAGCGUCGAUUGCACUUCAGAGUUUGAGGACUUCUUUGCCAAGCGGAAGCUGGACGACAGCGACAGCCACGUGGUGAGCAUCGCAGAGUACCUGCAGCGGGGCGACACCGCCAUCAUCUACCCGGAAGCCCCGGAGGAGCUGUCCCGCCUGGGCACACCGGAGGCCACUGGACCAGAGGAGAACGACCUGCCACCUGGAACGCCAGAUGCCUUCGCCCAACUGUUGACCUGCCCCUACUGCGACCGGGGCUACAAGCGUUUGACAUCGCUAAAGGAGCACAUCAAGUACCGUCAUGAGAAGAACGAGGAGAACUUCGCCUGCCCCCUGUGCAACUACACGUUUGCUUACCGCACUCAGCUUGAGCGGCAUAUGGCCACACACAAGCCAGCAAGGGAUCAGCACCAACUGCUCAACCAAGCGGCCGGCAACCGCAAGUUCAAAUGCACCGAGUGUGGCAAGGCCUUCAAAUACAAGCACCAUCUGAAGGAACACCUCCGGAUUCAUAGCGGUGAAAAACCGUAUGAGUGCCCCAACUGCAAGAAGCGUUUCUCCCACUCGGGCUCCUACAGUUCCCACAUAAGCAGCAAAAAGUGCAUUGGCCUGAUAGCUGUCAACGGCAGGAUGCGCAGCAACAUGAAGACUGGCUCCUCCCCCACCUCAGCCUCCUCCUCGCCCACCAACACCGCCAUUACCCAGCUGCGGCAGAAGCUGGAGAACGGAAAGCCUCUUGGCCUUCCCGACCACAACAACCACCUGAACAUCAAGACGGAGCCGCUCGACUUCAACGACUACAAGCUGAUGAUGGCUUCUCAUGGAUUCGGUGCCCCUGGACCGUUCCUGAACGGAGGCAUGGGAGGGAACAGCCCGCUGGGCAUCCACCACAGCUCCACGGCCCAGAGCCCUUUGCAGCACCUCGGGAUUGCCGGGCUUGAGUCACAGCUCCUGGGCUACCCGGGACCGCUGGCGAACAACCUGAGUGAGGUGCAGAAGGUUCUUCAGAUCGUGGACAACACUGUGUGCAGGCAGAAAAUGGACUGCAAGCCAGAGGAGCUCUCCAAGCUUAAGGCCUACAUGAAGGAGCUGGGGUCCCAGGUUGAAGAGCAGAAACAGGCGCUGGCAUCACCAGGAGCACAGGUUGGUCUUCCACUCGUCAAUCACAAUGGCGCCACCAAAAACAUCAUCGACUACACGUUAGAAAAAGUGAACGAAGCCAAAGCCUGCCUCCAGAGCUUGACCACAGACUCAAAGAGACAGAUUAGCAAUAUCAAACGAGAGAAAUCCAACCACAUGCUUGAAGGAGGUGUGGAUGAGAAGGUGCAGGAAAACAACAUGUUUACGCCUUAUGCUUGCCAAUAUUGCAAAGAAACCUUCCCCGGGCCAAUACCUUUGCAUCAGCAUGAACGCUACCUGUGUAAAAUGAACGAGGAGAUCAAGGCCGUGCUGCAGCCCAGUGAGAAUUUGAUGCCCAACAAACCAGGGAUCUUCAUGGAGAAGAACAGCCACUUAUCCUCCCCCAUGUUGUCUGAGAAGGGACUCACUGGGCCCCUUAACCCUUACAGGGACCACAUGUCUGUGCUGAAGGCGUAUUUCGCCAUGAACAUGGAGCCCAACUCGGAGGAGCUGCUCAAGAUUUCCAUAGCAGUCGGCCUUCCUCAGGAAUUUGUCAAGGAGUGGUUCGAUCAGCGAAAGAUGUACCAGUACGGCACCACCCGAACCCCACCACUAGAGCACAGGAACAACACGGAUAUGGUUGUCGGAACAAAUAACCACCACACUCCACCAAAAGACUCUAUGGCAGCUAGGUCACCUGUGUCACUUAUGAAAUCUACUGACCGCAUCACAUCCCCCUCCAUAGCAGAGCUCCAUAACAACGUUAACAACUGUGACAACUCGCUCAGACAUUUGAAAAACCACCAGUUCAGCGGCAGCGCCAAACCCACAGGUGAAAAGUUGGACCACUCCCGCAGCAACACCCCCUCCCCGCUAAACCUGUCCUCCACAUCUUCCAAAAACUCUCACAGCAGCUCCUACACUCCAAACAGCUUGACAUCAGAAGACCUGCAGGCUGAGCCGCUGGACCUGUCUCUGCCGAGACUCAUGAAGGAACCCAAGCACGCACUGACUGUCAAAAGCAGACCUAAAGUCAACAGCAUUACCAUUGACCAUAACAGCGUCCCCUCUCCCCGAGAGCACUUCGAAGAGCCUUUGAACUUGGCCUAUCUCAAGAAGGAUUUCUCAGGCUCUACCAACAACGGAAACCUAGAAAAAAGCACUAGCCCCAUCUUCGGCAUUAACCCGUUUGCUGCCAAACCCCUGUACACGUCACUUCCACCUCAGAGCGCUUUCCCACCUGCUACAUUCAUGCCCCCGAUGCAGGCCAGCAUACCAGGUCUUAGGCCCUAUCCGGGCAUGGAUCAAAUGGGCUUCCUACCGCACAUGGCCUACACUUACGCAGCAGGGGCAGCUACCUUUGCCGAGAUGCAGCAGAGGAGAAAGUACCAGCGGAAACCAGGUUUCCAGGGGGACCUGCUCGACGGUACACCAGAUUACAUGUCAGGGCUGGACGACAUGACAGACCCCGACUCCUGUCUGUCGCGGAAGAAGAUUAAGAAGACCGAAAGUGGUAUGUACGCGUGUGACUUGUGCGACAAAACAUUCCAGAAGAGCAGUUCCCUUCUAAGACACAAAUAUGAACACACAGGCAAGAGGCCGCACCAGUGCCAGAUCUGCAAGAAAGCCUUCAAACACAAACACCAUCUCAUCGAGCACUCCAGACUGCACUCGGGGGAGAAGCCUUACCAGUGCGACAAGUGCGGGAAGAGGUUCUCCCACUCGGGCUCCUACUCGCAGCACAUGAACCACCGCUACUCCUACUGCAAGCGGGAGGCCGAGGAGCGGGAGGCGGCCGAGAGGGAGGCCCGCGAGAAGGGUCACCUGGAACCCACGGAGCUGCUGAUGAGCCGGGCGUACUUGCAGGGUAUGACACCUCAGGGUUACCCGGAGCUGGCGGAGCGCGAGGCCAUCCUGAGGCACGACGCCGUGAACGGAGGGAUCAGAGAGGGACGGAAGGAAGUGGAAGGAACGUAUGCCAAGAUCGGACGGAGGGAUGACGAGUUUGAGGAGGAGGAGGAGGAAAGCAAGAGCAUGGACACGGACCCGGACACGUUGAGGGACGAGGAGGAGAACGGAGAGCACUCAAUGGACGAUAGCUCGCUGGACGGCAAAACGGAAACCAAAUCGGAUCACGAGGACACAAUGGAGGAUGGCAUGUAAUCGGCGACGACGUUUCAAAAGCUUCCCAUCUUAGAAGUUUUAAGUUUCUCUCUUUCGGUUCAGUAUUCUUACCUACUCGGUUUAAAACACCGUGUUUUAAGCUGUACGUGCACGUGCCUGAAGCUUCCGGGAAGCUUUCUUUGACAGACU